AUGGAGGUGAUGAAACAUCAGGAUGGAGGUGAUGAAACAUCAGGAUGCAGAGCCGAGGUUGGAGCGUUCCGUGACAUCACCUCACCUCACGACAACCUAACCAGAACUAAGGACCGCGGCAGAGCGCUGGCGCCGCCGCAGAUGCGGCUGGCGUCUCGAGUCAAGCAGCGGCAAGACAAGGCGGAGACAUCACACUUCCACAACACGAAUAUGCAAGCAGGAUUAGUGGCUACAGCCGAGGGAUUUAGGAAGAAGCGGAAAACUGACAAAUUGUACAACACUGCUCUUGAAAACACCAAUGUGGUAAAGGAGAAGAAGCUGAGAUCUUUAGCCACUAAGGGCGUGGUUCAAGUGCUCAACACUUUAGAGCAAUGCCAACAAGAGAAGAAGAGAGCCUCUAACACGUAUGAUAAGAAGCCCACUUCCCAGGUUUCCGAAAUGUCUGCUAUUACCUCUGGCAACUCGGGUCUCAUGAAUUUUUUAUUGAAGAAAACCAUGGGAGGAGAAAGGAAGCUGUUCGGCGAAGUUAAAGAUGAAGAUGACGACCAGAGGUGACCAGCUUCAUGAUGUUAAAAAAAUGAAAAAAGUUACCGGUUUCGCU